AUGGCGUCUUUGGACUCGGACGAUAUCAACUCCGACCUUGAUGACUCUGACGACGACGCUGAGGGCUUUGACGAAGACGGCGAAGAUGGCGAAGGCAUGAUCAUGCUAUGUCUAUAUGAAAAAGUCCUCAGAGUGAAAAACAAGUGGAAAUGUAACUUGAGAGAUGGUAUUCUUAACGUCAACGGUAAGGACUACACCUUCCAAAAGGCCACCGGUGAGUCAGAAUGGUGAAUCCUGCUCUAAUGAAUUUGAAACU